UAAACUGUUACAAUCAAUCAUAUGUUACAAAUACUAUCAUAUUAUAUGAACCGGAGCUGGAAAAUAGGAGUUACAGUCAUCGGUAUAUAUCAUACAUAUCAACACCAGGAAGACAGACAACAACAACAAUUUCAGACAUUAAUAAAUAAAAUAAAAUACUGGAAACAACCGAUAGUUAGCUUGAGAUAUGCCCAUCAAAUAGACAUCUACAGUGCAGAGGAAAAGUGUCUACCGUUUAUGGUAAAUGUCGUUCAACUGAUGUCGUCUGAUCCGAUGAAAUACAUUUCUAACGGCAGUGGUAUAAUAGUGGACAACCAGUUGGGCCUAAUUGUAACCAACAAUCACGUAAUACAAGCAAACGAUAGACUGGUUGUCGAUUUGAUUAACAACGAAACGUUACGCUAUUGUGAUGUCUUUAUCGGAGAUGAAAACCAAGAAAUUAUUUAUAGAAUGUUUGGCCGAGUAGUCUAUACGGCACCGGAUCACGAACUGGCACUCAUCCAAUUGCUACCCAUUCGGUCCAAUGUAUUGCCUGUGUGUAAGUUUACUACCGAUUGUCAACCGGGCGAUCCCAUUGCAGUCAUGUCCGCUUCCGAAGGUCAAUCUUUUAUUUGUGACGGUUUGAUUCAAAUAAUAGAUAAGCGCCAAAACUUAAUAAAGUGCUACAAAAAUCACUAUUAUAUUAAUGAUUUGGGCGACACAACCGAUGUACUGAUUCAUACCGGGUUUAUUGUUGGCGGUUAUUCGGGUGGUCCAGUAAUCGAUAUGUCCGGACAGGUAGUGGGAGUACAUAAAGGCUCUGUUCGCGGUUAUUCAUAUUUUUCGGCAGCUAUUGGCGCUAAAACAGUUAUGGAUUUCAUAGAAAAAGGCAAACAAUAUCUAUUGACCGAAAAUGUUGAAGUAAUGAAAGGGUUAGCCAGAAAACACAGGAGACUUAUGAAACGGAAAAUAUUGGGUAUAGUUUUGGUUAAUAAUGAGAUAGUAGACUAUGCUUUCACAUCAUAUUUAAAUAGACAACAGUUACUGAUUACCGAUUGUAUCAUUGCCUAUAAUGAUAUCCCGUUUACGACACCGGAGGCAAUGUCCUAUUAUGUACAACAAUUGCCGGACAAUACAUCGCCAAUAGUAGUGACUGUUUAUCGAUCAAAUUAUAAUCAAUAUUUUACAGUUAAUACACAACCCAUAACUGUUGAGCAAUUUCAAUGUUAG